AUGGCAGAUACGGAUAAAAACAUCUCAUUGAAGGAUAAAUAUGAGUCACUCAAACUGCUAUGCAGUGAGCAAGUCUUGGCCAAUGAACUCCUUAAAGAUGAAAUGGAAAAGCUACGCAAAAAACUUCAGGAGGUAACUCGUCAUAGAGCUUUCCUCUUGGAAAAAUUAAUCCAAUCACAAUCUAAGACAGCACAAAAUACAGUGUCUGAGAAUAAAAGACCUGCUAAACCCUCAACGAAUCAAAAUUUUCAAACUCGUAACGCUCAGCAUCAGCGCAAUAGAGCUCCCCCGGUAAAGCUACGCGCCCCCGUUCAGCGGCCUAAAUCAUUUUCACGCGAAGAAAUGCCUUAUGAAGAAUCAGACUCUGAAUCUGACAAUAUGGGUGAAUUUGAAAACGGUUGGCAAGAUGAUUUCAAUCAUAUGCCUGGUCCCAGUUACCGACGUCCGCAAUGCAUAGCACAACCGCCACCGCCAAAAAAUGUAAAGCGUUCACAGCCGCCGCCUUUAAAGAUGUCCCACCCCCAACCACAUUCAUCCCACACACCGACCUUCAAGCGACCUAGAAUAAUCGAUAGUGAGCCGGGUCCUUCAUCUCGUGGGAGCUAUGGUAACAACUAUCAUCAACACCAAAACAGUGGGAUUCGGUCUGAGGUGCACUAUAACUACUCUGGAGAUAAUGGAUCAGAUUUCUCAGAAGAACCACCGAUUAUUUACUCAAAAAGCGCAACUUCGGUGGUGUCUAGUUCUCCAGCAAAUGAGAGUAGUGUUUCCAGAAGACCCGCGCCGAGUAUUCUUAGGCCUGCAAGUGCUUCCGUAAGUGGUGGAAAUGUUACCGAUCGAUUAUUUAAUCAUCCAAGACCCCCUUCCGUUAGUGGUAAUAGUAGUACUGGACCCAGUGGCUACUAUGGCUCGCGUCUGCACUGA